AUGUCUGAGAGAAAGACAAAGCGAUUGUCUGGUGCAUUCUAUCGACAUCAAAAGAAGAGGAAGACUGUCGAAAGAGAAGAAUUGAGAGGAGCCUUGAAUAAAUUUAGAAUACCCCAAAAAAAUACAGCGACGCAAUCUACAUCAUCUUCGGCAGAACCAGCAACAGUUGAACAAGAAGGUAAGACGGUUAACGACAAAGAUACAAGUUCCUCUUCGGAAAACGAAAAUGAUGUGCCAGAAGUUUUAGAGGACAUCGCGGAGAGCAGAGAUUUCGAUUUUGCAGACGCUGGGACGUGGCCACGUUUACUUUCAAAUUCCAACAUCCAAAUGUUGGUUGAAAAGGGACCAACCCAAAUCGAAAUUAACUUUCCUGUUGACGAAUUUGAUUUGCCGUCUGUAGAAGAAGAUAACCUUGGAAGUGAAGUAGACGACGAAGUUGAACACAAUUUAAGUGUUGAAAAUGAUGGUAAGUUAAAAAAGUUUAUUAUACUAUAUGUAAUACAGUCAUCUUUGGCUGUUAAAAAGUUGCCGAAAACGCCCACGACUUCCAUGCUGUCACCUUUUGAAACCAGAGCCGAAGACCUAGAACCAUCCACUUCCGAGCUACCACCUUCUGAAACCAGAGCCGAAGACCUAGGACAAUUCACUUCCGAGCUAACACCUUUUGAAACCAGAGCCGAAAACAUAGAACCAUCCGCUUCCGAGCUACCACCUUUUGAAACCAGAGACGAAGACCUAGAGCCAUCUGCUUCCGAGCUACCACCUUUUGAAACCAGAGCCGAAGACCUAGAACCAUCCACUUCCGAGCUACCAUCUUCUGGAACCAAAGCCGAAGACCUAGGACCAUCCACUUCCGAGCUAUCACCUUCUGGAACCAGAGCCGAAGACCUAGGACCAUCUACAGAGCUUGUCUCACCCCCUGAAAAUGAAGGCAGAGUCAUCAAAUCUGCAAGCGAUCUAUCCUUAUCUGAUGAAGAUGCCGAAAUUUGCAACUACCAGAGACAAUUAGGUGCAUUUCUUGAAAUAAACAAUCAGUUUUGCGAUCAAACUUUAAAACUACAAAACAAUUUAAAGAAAAAAUCGUUUAAAUACGAAACGAACGUUUCACGCAUCAAAAAACGUAUAAACAAACUCAUUAAAUAUGGUGAUAUGGCAAUAAAUUUAAAAACUUUGUACAAAGAUAUAAAUAAAUAA